AUGGACCCUCGCAAGGUCCACCGCGGCAUGGCGCAUGACGCCAGAACCGGCGAGGAGGCCGAAAUCGUAUAUACGAAUUGCAAAGUCGUUGGAAACGGCUCCUUUGGCGUUGUGUUUCAGGCGGAGCUCGUGCCCAGCGGUGAUCAGGUCGCCAUAAAGAAGGUUCUCCAGGACAAGCGCUUCAAGAACCGCGAGCUGGCUGUCAUGCGGAGCGUUUUCCACCGCAACGUUGUCGGACUAAAGUACUUUUUCUACUCGCAGGGCGACAAGGAGGACAUUUAUCUGAACCUCGUGCUGGAAUUUGUGCCCGAGACCAUCUACCGUGUGACGAGGCAGUACGUGAAGGCCAAGCAGUACGUGCCGAUCCUGUACGUGAAGCUAUUCAUGUACCAGCUGUUCCGGUCACUAAACUACAUACACUCGAUGGGCAUAUGCCACCGCGACAUCAAGCCGCAGAACCUGCUGGUCAACUCGUCGACUGGCGUGCUGAAGCUGUGCGACUUUGGCUCAGCCAAGACUUUGAUCGCCGGCGAGCCCAACGUGUCGUACAUCUGCUCCCGCUACUACCGCGCGCCAGAGCUGAUUUUUGGCGCGACAAACUACACGGGCCGGAUCGACAUCUGGUCUGCCGGCUGUGUCAUGGCCGAGCUGAUGCUGGGUCAGCCGCUGUUCCCCGGAGAGUCGGGUAUCGACCAGCUGGUCGAGAUCAUCAAGGUGCUGGGCACGCCGACCAAGGAGCAGAUCCGCACAAUGAACCCGAACUAUAUGGACCACCGGUUCCCGCAGAUCAAGCCGCACCCGUUUUCACGUAUCUUCCGCAGCCACGCGUCGUCGCCCGAGGCGAUCGACCUGAUCACAAAGCUGCUCGACUACACACCGACCAAGCGCCUGAGCUCCGUGCAGGCCAUGACGCACCCGUUCUUCGACGAGCUGCGCAACCCGGCCACCAAACUGCACAACGGCCAGGACUUGCCCGAGCUUUUUGACUUUACUGUUGAGGAGCUCUCGGUCGAGCCCCAUCUGAUACCCCAGUUGGUGCCUGCCCAUCGCGUUGCCGACCUCAAGGCCAACGGUGUUGAUAUUCACAACUUUGUCCCCACGCCCAUGCCGAACCCGCUGCCCCUGACUCUUCAGUAA